CUACUCAUACUUCAUAGAGUAUAGCGCUUCUAAAAAAACGUGGACGGCCGAUGGCGGAUUUAAAUUUUCAAUAUUUAUUAUUUAUUUAAGUUUUCAAAUUUGGUACAUGUACAAUGUAUCAUUUGUAUCGAUCAUCUUAAUUUUUAUCUGGUUCUUUUGACUGUUGGAACGCUAACUGAAGUUCACUAAAAUAGUUACUAGUAAGUUAUUAGUACCGCGGCUGUAGAGUAUAUUGCUGAAUCGAGGACCACACUAUUUACUAUUUAGCACGUGCCUAUUUCCAAUUGCUUAUUAUUUUGAUUCGAUAGAGAAUUAAAUUAAUAAUAUAUAUUGGUUACUUGCUAUUUUUUUUCUAUUGAGGUAGCCAAGUAAUUUAGAUCAUGGUUGUAUUUACUUGUAAUAAUUGUGGCGAUUCUGUGAAUAAGCCGAAAGUGGAAAAACACAUACAAUAUGAAUGUAAACGAAAAAAUUUUGCAGUUAGCUUCUGUUGUGUCGACUGCUUAAAGGAUUUUAAUUAUGAGACUGUGAGAGACCAUUGUCAGUGUGUAACCGAAGACCAGAGAUAUUCUGCUAAAGGUUAUGUACCCAAACCGUCAGCUGAAAAAGGAAAACGUAAACAAGCUGGUUGGGUUGAUAUUGUUCAGUCAGUAAUGAAUAAUAAAGAUUUGCCUAAUGAACAAAGACAAUUUUUGAAUAUUAUAGCCAAGUUUGAUAAUGUCCCAAGAAAAAAAAAUAAAUUCCAGAACUUUUGUUUUUCUACAGCUCCUGCUUAUAGAAGAAAAGGAUACAUAGUUGACCAAGUGUUUGAUAUGAUAGAAGCUGAGUAUAAAGCACAACUACCUCAGAAUUCAAAUGAAAAACCAGUUGAUAAUAAAUCGGGGAACUUGGUGAAGAAUGAUUCAAUUCAAGAAGAAUCUCAAGAAAUUAAAAAUAAAAUAACCAUUGAAAAUGAUGAAAUAAUUAACAAUUUAAAUGGUAAUAAUGAAACAGAGGAAACACCAAAAAAGAAGAAGAAAAAAAGUAAAAAAUCUUUUGAUACAGUAAAUAAUGAAACAGAAUCAAAAUUGGAUGGAAAUGCUGAACCACAAUCAACAAAGAAAAAGAACACAGCAGAAGAAGCUCAGCUUAACUCAGCUAAAAAGUCUAAAAAAAAUAAAAUUAAUACAGAAAACAUUGAAAAUAGCGAAUCAAUUCAAGACCCACAAGAAAUUAAGAAAAAAAAGAUCAUUGAUAGUGAAACUUUUGUAACUCCAAAUAGUAAUUUUAGUAGUGAGGAAACACCGAAAAAGAAAAAAAAAAGUAAAAAAUCAGUUGAUGCAGUAAUUUGUGAAACUGAAACAAAAUCAGAUGUUGAACAACAGUCAACAAAGAAAAAGAACAUAUUAAAAAUUAACUCUGGAACUGAAGACAAUUUAAAAGUAAAAGAGGACACAGCAGAAGCUCAGCCAAGCUCAGCUAAAAAGUCUAAGAAAAAUAAAUCAGAUAUAGAAAUAACUAAUGAUAAAACUAAUAAUGUUGAUUUCAAAAACGAUGAUAAUAUCUGUAAUGAAAAUUGUGUAGCAAAUAAGGAAAAUGGAAUUCUUCAAGAAAAAUCGGAAUCAGUAAUGAGUAAAAAAGAAAAAAAAGAAAUGAAAAAGAAAAUGAAAUACCAACAUGAAUUAGAAACUGUUACCAAUGGAGUAAUAGAAUCAGAUAAAGAACCAAUAUCAAAAAAGAAAAAAAGGAAGUUAAAUAAUAAUGAAGAAAACGAAGAACCAAAACAAAAAAUGUUGAAAACUGAAGAUGUACCCCAAGUUCCAGAACUACAGUCCGGGCGUAAAUUUGAGUGGAAUGAAGCUAUUAAUCAAGUGUUGCAAGCUAAAAAAAAUAAACCAAUCUCAUUAAGUAAAGUAAUGAAAAGAGUUUUGAGUGAAUUUCAUUUUUUGAACGAAGCUAAAAAAUCUGAAAGUGAUCUAGAAAAGAUAUUUCUAAAAAAAAUUAAGAAAAUGAAAAAUGUCAAGAUUGAAAAUGAUAAGGUACAAUUAGUAGAAUGUUAAUUUAGUAUUCUGAUUCUAUGUAAUUUACAUUUAACUGGUAUUUUAAUUUAAGACUUCAUUAAUAAACAACUUAAUAUCAUAUUA